AAAUGUCAAUUGAAAAGCAAGGGAAUUUGCGUUUGCGUCGUUUUCCUUAAGUUUCGUAAUAUUUUGAUAUUUUUGAUUAUAAAUUGCUUGCUUUUAUUAACCACUUACACAUUACUGAGUAAGACUUUCGAAAUUGUCGUAUUACGCUUUGGAAGAUGACAGUACCUCCGACCAUGAAGAAGAUAAACAAGAAAAUACCCGGAAUUUUACCACCACCACCUAAGACAGAAAUUGACGGUAAAAUAACUGAUUUAUGCUCCAAAACCGUUGCUGAACUUCGAGAAUUGCGUGACAGGCAGUUAAAGCUAUUGAAUAACAAGUCUUUUAUCAAUAAACUGACUGACAGAGGAGCCAAAGUUCAAGCUUUACAUGAUAGAAUUAUUAUAGAGUUAAAAGCAAAGGAAGAUGAAGAACAGGCUUGUCGCCUUCUAGAUAACCUAACCCUUAGUGCCGUGAACAAACAAACAGUGCAGGAUCUCGAAUGGCAUGGAAAAUCUAAUAAGUCUGACACAUACUUAGAUUCAGAUGAUGACAGUGAGCCUGAAGAUGUUCUGCAAAUCCUAAGUCAAAGUACAGCUCACGAGAAAACAGUCAAAGUAUUACCACCAGAAAAACCUCUAGUAACACCGGAAGAUCUAGCCAAAAUAGAGGAACUCCCACAUAUAAAGUAUUUAGUUGAGAUGACUGAAAGCAAUCCAAAGCCAAAAGGUACAGGAAACUUCAAACCGUACAAAACGACAAAGUCUGAUGUCCAUAAUCCUGAAAAGGAAGUGCUUAGGAAAAAGCAUAAACACUGGGAAGUUACAGCGGCGACCCCACCGCCGAGUAUCCAUGGGCCGGCUAAAGUAUUAAGUUUAGAAGAAUCUUUGAAAUUACAGAAGGACUAUAUUUCACAUUUGAAAGAGGUGGAAGCACAGCACGCUGCUGAGAAACUUAUGGAAAGGACUGGAAUAAAAAUGCCAGCUUUGCCGAGAGAUGUGACAUCAUUUGGGCAGUACAGAGAUACUGGGGACUCCGAUGAGUCCGACAUGGAGGGGAGUGACAAAGAAGUGGUUGAUGAAGAGCCUGAUAGAGGGGGAGUUGUUUUUACAGUUGUUAAAGAUUAGUAAUUAGGAGAAAGUCAAAAUGAGACAAAUCUCACAAUA